GCCCCUUGAGUCCGCUUUCCGGAUCUCUAAGGAUACCUGGGCUGUGUGGCUGGUAGCCCAACACCCUCCUCUGCCACAGUCUCCUCCGAACUCUCACUGGGUGGAGACUGAAGCCAGGUUCUUGGCUCUUGGCAGAAUCCUUUCCACUGGCCAGCGGUCACAAACAUCUAGAUUGACUUCAGUGGGCUCGGUGGCUACAUAGAGUCUAAACGCAGGUGUCCUGGGCCAGCAAUGGAUCUGCCUGUAAACUUGACCUCCUUUUCUCUCUCUACUCCCUCCUCUUUGGAACCUAACCGCAGCUUGGAUACGGAAGUCCUGCGCCCUAGUCGGCCUUUUCUCUCAGCUUUCCGAGUGCUAGUUCUGACCUUGCUGGGCUUUCUAGCUGUGGCCACGUUCACCUGGAACCUGCUGGUGCUGGCCACCAUCCUCAGGGUACGCACCUUCCACCGAGUACCACACAACCUGGUAGCAUCCAUGGCCAUCUCAGAUGUGCUAGUGGCUGUGCUGGUUAUGCCACUGAGCCUGGUGCAUGAACUGUCUGGGCGUCGCUGGCAGCUGGGCCGGCGUCUAUGCCAGCUGUGGAUUGCAUGUGACGUGCUCUGCUGUACCGCCAGCAUCUGGAAUGUGACAGCAAUAGCCCUGGACCGCUACUGGUCAAUCACGCGCCACCUGGAGUACACACUCCGUGCCCGCAAGCGUGUCUCCAACGUGAUGAUCCUGCUCACCUGGGCACUCUCCGCUGUCAUCUCUCUGGCUCCGCUGCUCUUUGGCUGGGGAGAGACUUACUCCGAGCUCAGUGAGGAAUGCCAGGUCAGUCGCGAGCCUUCCUACACCGUGUUCUCCACUGUGGGCGCCUUCUACCUGCCACUGUGUGUGGUGCUCUUUGUAUACUGGAAGAUUUACAAGGCCGCGAAGUUUCGCAUGGGCUCCAGGAAGACCAAUAGCGUCUCCCCCAUACCCGAAGCUGUGGAGGUGAAGGAUGCCACACAGCAUCCCCAGAUGGUGUUCACGGUCCGCCAUGCCACCAUCACCUUCCAGACAGAAGGGGACACAUGGCGGGAGCAGAAGGAGCAAAAGGCGGCCCUCAUGGUGGGCAUCCUCAUCGGAGUGUUUGUGCUCUGCUGGUUCCCUUUCUUUGUCACGGAGCUCAUCGGUCCCCUGUGCUCCUGGGACAUCCCUGCCAUCUGGAAGAGCAUCUUCCUGUGGUUGGGCUAUUCCAACUCCUUCUUCAACCCACUCAUCUACACAGCGUUCAACAGGAGCUACAGCAGUGCUUUCAAGGUCUUCUUCUCCAAGCAACAAUGAGAGGCCACAUGGGCAUGCCUUCCUCCCGUAGCUCGGUGGAUUAUCCUGUCCCAUGAACCUUUGCAGUCUGCCCAGCUGUCCUGAGGACAAGAUCCAUCUGCCAAGGGCACCAGGGUCACAUCAGGGCUCAGCUCACUUCAGUUCUAUGCCUGUGUGUUGGAAGUUGUCUUCAUCUGAAGGCUCUUGUGGCUUAUGUCCCCAGUCUGGGCACUCUUCCCCACUCAGUACCAGCAGCCACGGACCAGCAGCCACGGACCAGCAGCCACGGACCAGCAGCCACGGACCAGCAGCCACGGACCUGGCCCACAAAGUGCCCAUUUCCCCUCCAACUCCACUCCACAGGGACAUGAGGAGUUUGAUCAGGACAGACGGGAGGGAGGAAGUGAGACAACUGAGGCAGAAAGAACAAAGCCGAAAGUCAGUGGGAAUCACACACACCUGUAACCGUAGCACCAUGGAAACUAAGGCAAGGAAACUAAGGAAACCAAGGAAACUAAAGCUCAGAUUUGGAGCCAGCCUGGGCUACAUAGUAGGUUCAAAAACCAGCUUGAACUAUCUAACAUCGUAUAUAGCAACAGCAAAAUGCACGGGGGAGGCUGUUAGAGCAGCAGCAGACCAUAGGGCAGACUUCCCAGAACAGCCCUCGUUUCAGAGUUCUGCUCUGUGGUCCGGGAGUGAUGUCCCAACACUGGGUCCUUCCUAACAUUUGAUCACAAAGUUCUGUCCCCAAACAUGUCAAAGCACCGUCCCAUUUGUGAUGACAGUGACUCCCGUCUUUACCAUUUGUUCAUUGUAAACACAAAGUCCCCAUCUGUCUGUCUGUCUCUUUGUCUCUGUCUAUCUCUCUGUCUCUGUCUAUGCCGCUCUGUCUGUCUGUCUGUCUCUCUCUCUGUAGAAAAGGACAGUUUCCAGUUAAAAUUGACUCAUCCUUCAACUGGAAAAACAAAAUGUUUCCUUCCAUUUUGAAACAACUGUUCAUGAACAAUAGAAAACUAUCAAUUUCACAGAAUUUGUCAAAAUUAUUUAUUUACUAUGGGUUUCUAUUUACUAUGGGUGUGAUUUCUUUAAAUGUUUCUGGCCUUAGUGUUUAUUCCCUAAAUAGUACAAUUUGAGGCAACAACAGCCAUGAGCUAUUGAUUUUUUAAAAUACAGCUUUACAGUUGGUCACUAUAAGGGCCUGUCCAUCAGACACAUUCAGUAAACAGGAGUGCUGGCUGUUUUUUGGUAUUGGUUUUGUUGGUAUAUGAACCUGACCAGAUAGCCAGACAAGGGUCAAGUGAUGCCAUUAUCAAGUUGGCAGUGUAACUGGUAAGUCAAGACAGUCUAGUAAAGACACAAUGUUUACAUGGUCACAGAAAACCUUGGGCACACUCUCACCUCCAAAGGUGUCCCAAGGGAACUUUGAGAACACUAUCGAAAGAGCCAAGGAGAGAAAGAAGAGCCAGUCACCUUUCCAGAACCCCGUCUAUGCUGACUUCUCCCAUAAGCUGAAAAUAGAGCCAUUGAAACCCACAGGGCUGUGGCCAACUCUUACCAUGUGGUUCUCAGUAAAAUCCUAAGGGAGCAAAACCACUCACACUUCAGGUCCCAGCAGUGAGGAACACGGGGCCAUUUGCUGAAGAAUUCUCAUCCAGGAAGUGGACUCUCAGAGCUAGCCAGGUGAUGGUGCCAUUGCAGAGUUGGUGUUUCUUCAGUUGGCUGGAAGUGAGACAACUUCAUCCUCAUGAGUUUUUAACUAUCUGUUCAUUUAUUUAUGUUUGACACAGGGUCAUACUGUGUAGCCUUGGCUGUUCAGGAACCCACUGUGUAGACCAGGCUGAUCUCAGACUCACAGAGAUCUCCCUGCCUCUACCUCUGCCUCUGUCCUCUGAAUGCUGGAAAAGUAUGUAUUACCACACCGGGACUAAGAGAUUUUUAGGUAAAAAUCCUCCAGUGCUCUGAGGCCCUUUGUCUGGGAGCAGUGGCCUCGAUUAGACACACACCCUGCACUGGGGACUGGCCUGAGCCAGGCUAGAAAGUGAACCGAAGUGAUGGCUCACACAUCCGUGACUGUCAUGACUGUUCUCAUAACACAGUUUCACUAAUGGUUUCAACAAGAGCUUGUUUUCUUUCAAUUUUGGCCUUGGUCACAACUGACAGGGUAUAAGAAGGUGUUUAGUCUGAGUCAUGGGAAAAUGAUGUGCAUAGAGAGUGUUCUAACUGCAAAUUCUAUGCUGUGUCAUUUGAUGUCCACACUCAGCCUGGAGUCCUCAGCACGAUGAGCCUCUAGACCCAAGGAGAGCAGGGGUGCUCCUCUGUAGCAGCACACGUGAGGGGAUUGCUCACCCCAGAGCUGAGCGCGUGCAGCAGGUACUUCUUCCAUGUUUACCACCCAAAGGGUUCUGACCUACUUAUACCACGUUUAUCAUCACAUGGGGCCAUUUGCCCAUAUCACCUUAAUUUAAAACAGCUUACCCAUCAUUCAAAACAUCUACAAACUCUUGGGCAAUAAAACUCCAUUAUAUUCCAUGUCCCUGAUUUCACAAACGCACAGAUCAAAACUAUGUGUAUAAUACGAAGACACAGACAUAUUAUAUUGUAUAUAAUAAAUCAUAUCCAUCAACAUUCC